CUGGAACUUGGAGCCAAACUCGGCCGUCCUGCCCGGCCCUGCCUUCGGGCCUCCCUCCCUCCCUCCCUCGUUCCUUCCUUGGAGCGGCUCCGCCCAGGCGGGCAGUGCCCGGGAGAAGCCGCCGGAGCAGGAAGCACGGGCUCCGUCUCCCCCUCGCUCCCUCGCUCGCUCGCUCCCUGCCUGGCUGGCUGGCUGGCUGGGAGAAGGAGGAAGAAAAGAAAGAAAGAAAGAGAGAGAGAGAGAGAGAAAAAGAGAGAUGUCGCGGGACCCCGAGGAAGUCAACAAGCUCACGGAAAACACCUACAAAAAUGUGAUGGAACAGUUCAAUCCCGGGCUGCGGAACUUAAUAAACCUGGGCAAGAACUACGAAAAGGCCGUCAGCGCCAUGAUUCUGGCCGGGAGAGCCUACUACGACGGAGUUGCAAAAAUAGGAGACAUUGCUGUGGCAUCGCCGGUUUCCAAAGAACUGGGGCACAUCCUCAUAGAGAUUUCCAUCGCGCAGAAGAAACUGAAUGACAGGUUAGAUGAAAGCUUCAAGAAAUUCCACAAAGAGAUCAUCUCCGAGCUGGAGAAGAAAACAGAACUCGACGUGAAAUACAUGAAUGCGACACUCAAGCGCUACCAGACCGAACACCGGAGCAAGAUGGACUCCUUGGAGAAGUCGCAGGCCGAGCUGAAGAAGAUCCGGAGGAAGAGCCAGGGAGGCCGGAACGCCACCAAGUACGAGCACAAGGAGACCGAGUUUGUGGAGACGGUGACGUGUCGGCAGAGCGAGGUCCAGCGGUUCAUAGCGGAGGGCUGCCGGGAGGCCCUCCUCGAGGAGAAGAAGCGCUUCUGCUUCCUCGUGGACAAGCACUGCCGCUUCGCCCAGCACAUGAAGGACUACCACCUCGAGUGCUGGGAGGCGCUGGAGGCCAAGCUGCCCGGGUGGCAGGAGACGUGCGGAGACGCCACCAAGGUGCCCGAGAAGGUCAUGACCAUGAUCGAGGAGAUCCGGACCCCGGGAUCCACCCCCGUCUCCGGGACGCCCCUCCCCUCGCCCAUGAUCGAGAGGAACAGCCUCGGGGUCGGGAACCACUACGACUCGGCGCAGAGGACGUCCCCCAAAGUGCCUCCCGCGCCGUCGGGAAGGGCCUUCACCAGCCCCUUGGUCGACAUGUUCAACGUCCCGCCCGCGGCCCUGAAAGCGAGCACGGAGAGGCCGGGUCACGCGGCGCCAGACCUGGGCGGUGAGGACCCUGGCUUGUCCCGCUCGUCGUCGGUGGCCUCGGGGCUGAACCGCGUGCGCCGGCCACGCGUGAGGACGGUCUUCCCGCACACGGCCGGGAGCAACAAGACGCUGCUGAGCUUCGCCCAGGGAGACGCCAUCACGCUCCUGGUGGCCGAGGAGAGGGACGGGUGGCUCUACGGCGAGCACGAACUCACCCGAGUGAAGGGCUGGUUCCCCUCGUCCUACACGAAGCCGCUGGAAGAACCUGAUGAGGCCGUUCCGGCGCCCGCAACAAGUGCCCCGGCGCCCGUCCGCAGCGUCAGCUCCGUGAACCUGACCGAGAGGAGCGCGGUCGUCCUCCCGCCCGCCGACUACCUGUCCUCCACCACCACCGGGACCCCCAAGGCCGCCCCCAAGAGCGCGGCCACUCUCAAGAGCCCCCUGGGCAAGGCCGACGACACAGCCAAACCUGGCAUGAAUGGCAUCGUGAAGCCUCCUUUCCUUAGCGGAGAAAACCCGUUUGCGACGGUGAAGCUCCGCCCGACCGUCACCAACGACCGCUCGGCCCCGAUGAUCCCGCGAUGAGCGAGCGGCGCCCAGAGAGCGUUUUUAUCCUCCUUCGUGUCAAUUGCAACCUCUUGCAAUUGGCAAUACUGAUUUUAUUUUUCAUACGCUCUAUGGCCUUUUUAACGUUUAUUUAAAUGCAAUGAAAGCAGAGGGUUUCCUGUCCCCGAAGCAUGGCUGCUCCCUCCGUUUGCUAAUUACUCUUGAUUUGAGAGUGUGCCUUGAUUAGGAAAACACAAUUAGGUUCGGAUUAUUUAAUGAAUGUGCUUGUUUCAGUAGAUUUUUAGAUAGACGUGCCAUUGAAGAAUGGCCUAUAUAUAAACUCAAUGGGCGUGUAAAAUAAUUAAUUGCAUCAUGGAGAUGAAUGUCUUAGGCUAUAAUAUUAUAAUAUAUAAUAUAUAUUAUAAUAUAUAAAAUAAUCAGAGACUGUUGUGUGGUCCAGUGCAAAUUUGCAGAGAUCGAGAGUUGCAAACAGAAUAAGCAAUAUUACACUGAAUGCAAGUAUUUUUAAAAUGUGUACAUACUUAGGUUUUACUUGAUAGGAUUCCCAAGGAGUGUAUGUCCCGUCUUUUAAACACAGAUCUUGAAUGGACUUUUUUAUUAUUUAAAGAGAAGCUGCUGUAUUUCUUUGGCUGCAUUUUCCCUCGCUUUCUGCAACUCUGGGAAACAAGUGGUACGAACUGUCACCCGAUUUGAGGACAACUGUUGGAACUCAAUAGAGAGUGGCUAAAAAUCAAUAAAAAUGGGAUCAAAGUGG